AUGUCUGUGGCCCAGGACACUCUCACGCCAAAUGGUAACGAUAUACUAUCGUCUCCUAUGGAUCAGCUAAAGCUCGAUGAGAACGAGCCUCGCUUAGGCCCGGAUGGCGAGCCUGCGCCCAAGACUGACGAGGAGUAUGCUGUAGCUCAAUUGACGCUCCGCGCCAUCGUCUCCUCCAAAGAAGCUGGCGUCAUAAUCGGCAAGGGAGGUAAGAAUGUCGCAGACCUGCGGGAUGAAACUGGAGUCAGGGCCGGCGUGAGCAAAGUCGUCCAAGGUGUGCAUGAUCGUGUUUUGACCAUUUCGGGUGGUUGCGACUCCAUCUCUAAAGCAUAUGCCAUUGUCGCUCGUGCGCUAUUAGAAGGCGCCCCUGCGAUGGGAAUGGGGGGUGUUAUUCAGAGUAGCGGAACACAUCGUGAGCGUCCCCCAAUAACUUACUAUUCGCAGCGCGCUACUAAUGUACAACCCGAUCAUCAAGAAAUCAAAUUACUCAUCUCCCAUAAUCAGAUGGGUACCAUCAUUGGCAGAGCAGGUCUCAAAAUCAAGCACAUUCAGGACGUCUCCGGUGUGCGCAUGGUUGCGCAGAAGGAAAUGCUACCGCAAUCGACCGAGCGAAUCGUUGAAGUGCAGGGAACACCCGAGGGCAUCCAACGAGCUGUCUGGGAAAUCUGCAAAUGUUUGGUCGAUGACUGGCAGCGUGGUACCGGUACUGUACUCUACAAUCCUGUCGUUCGAACCGCGCCCGGCGGUGCGGGGUCUCUCGGUGGUGCUUCUAGCACUGGCGGGGUAACGUACAACUCGUCCAGUAGAGGUGAUUAUGGCGGUACUCGUGUGAUGCGAACUGGAAACGGUGCCGACUUUAGCAAUGGGGGCGUGCGCCCAUACAAUCGGCGGUCGGACUCUGAUGCGGCUACCCGCGGACCACCAACGCACGAUGAGAACGGAGAGGAGAUCCAGACUCAGAACAUCAGUAUCCCCGCAGACAUGGUUGGAUGCAUUAUUGGACGUGGUGGAAGCAAGAUAAGCGAGAUCCGCAAGACUUCUAAUGCCCGCAUCUCUAUUGCCAAGGCACCUCACGACGAGACUGGCGAGCGAAUGUUCACUAUAAUGGGAACUGCAAAGGCCAACGAGUCUGCACUGUUUCUCCUCUACGAAAAUCUCGAGGCUGAGAAGAUGCGCCGCAGCCAAUCACAGCCCGCCGAGUAA